UAAAAAGAAACCGUUUCUCAGAAACGCGUUUCUGUUACGACCAAAGACGCACACAGAGACCUAAAAUCCUUUAGCUUGUUUCUUCUUCAACCUCGAAAAAACUGUGUGCAGCAUCGCGCCACUUUGAAACCGAAACGCAACGCUCAAUAAUGCUGAGCUUCAGCCGAAGCUUGUUAUCCAAAGCCAUUUACAAAAACAAAAGACCCAAAAGGAAAAACAAAAAAUCUGUUUCCGAAAAACAAGAAUAUGAUGAUAUAAAAGUAGUAGCAGAAGAAGAGGAAACGGAAGAAGAAGAAGGAGGAUUUAGCCUCAAGUCCUCAGCUUCAUCACACACUCACGGAGUUCAACCAUUGGGAAAUCUUUUCUUCAGCACGAGCUCAGUCAACUCAAGGAACACUGGCUUAGGUAAUCUCCACGUGCUUAGUGAUGAGCUUGUUCUUGAUAUUCUUGGCCUUUUGGAUGCACCCCAUUUGGGUGUUUUAGCUACUGUUAGCAAAUCUUUCUACGUUUUUAGUAACCAUGAACCCCUUUGGAGGAAUCUUGUAUUGGAUAAUCUUAAAGGUGAGUUUUUGUUUAAUGGACUGUGGAAAUCUACUUACAUUGCUGCUUGUUACCCUUCAUUUGGUGCUCAAAGGAAUGGUUUUCAUGCUGGUUGUUUUACAGUUAGAGACUUUUAUUCUGAUUACUUGUUUCAAAGUUGGUUAUGUGCUAAUCUUGAAAUGAAACCUGAGUGGCUUGAGAGGGAUAAUAUUGUCAGAAAGAAGGGUAUGUCUGUUGAAGAAUUUAUAUUGAAUUUUGAAGAACCAAAUAAGCCAGUAUUGCUAGAAGGUUGUUUAGAUAAUUGGGAUGCAUUAGACACAUGGGAUCGGGAGUAUUUGGUGAAGGUGUGUGGUGAUGUUCAGUUUGCGGUUGGCCCUGUAGAGAUGAAGCUUGAGGAUUAUUUUAGGUAUUCAGACUUAGUGAGGGAAGAAAGACCGCUGUAUUUGUUUGAUCCAAAAUUUGCAGAGAAAGUUCCAGUUUUAGGCAUGGAGUAUGAGGUUCCAGUGUUUUUUCAGGAGGAUUUGUUUAGUGUUUUGGGGAAUGAGAGGCCAGAUUAUAGGUGGAUUAUUAUAGGACCAGCUGGGUCUGGUUCAUCAUUCCACAUUGAUCCUAAUUCAACAUCAGCCUGGAAUGCCGUCAUAAAAGGUUCCAAGAAAUGGGUUUUGUUUCCACCAGAUGUGGUUCCUCCUGGGGUGCACCCAAGCCCGGAUGGUUCAGAGGUUGCUUGCCCUGUUUCAAUAAUAGAGUGGUUCAUGAACUUCUAUGGUGCAACAAAGAAUUGGAAGAAGAGACCAAUUGAAUGCAUUUGUAAAGCUGGGGAAGUGAUCUUUGUGCCUAAUGGGUGGUGGCAUUUGGUAAUCAACCUUGAGGAGUCCAUAGCUAUCACACAGAAUUAUGUCAGCAGGAGAAAUUUGCUGAAUGUCUUGGAUUUUCUUAAAAGACCCAAUGCUAGUGAACUUGUAUCUGGGACAAGAGAUCGGGUAAAUUUACACGACAAGUUCAAAAAUGCUAUCGAAACUUCUUUCCCUGGAGAUAUUGAUCAGUUGGUGCAAAAAGCGGAGGACAAAAAGGCUCAAGAGAAAAAGUUUUCCUUCUGGGAUUCAGUAUCAGAUUCCAAGGUGGGUGCCUUCAAGUUCACUUUCUGAUGAUCCCAAUGAAAGCCAUAACACUGAUGGCACCAAAUAUUGACUACUAAAAUCUGUUGUUGCUCCAACUUCCCAGAGAGGAAUAAUUUUUUAACAAUUUUGAUAUUUAUAUAUUAAUUAUUCAUUCAAAUUUCACACCA